AUGCUCCCGGAACCAUCUUGGACGCCCGCAGGCAGCAGCCAGGCAGCGCUGCCCGGGCUGGGCGGCCCCUCGGACGACGCCGGAGCGCGGCCGCACGGCGGCGGCGGGUGGCAGGCCGUGGCGCCGCAGGCCGCCAAACGCGCGCGGACGGACAGCGGCAGCGGCAGCCUGGGCGCUGAGGCGCCUGCCGCGGCGGCGCUCGGUCCCUUGGAGAGCCUGGGCGCUGCGGCGAUUGCGGUGCUUGAGCAGCUGCUGCUGGCACAGCAGCAGUCGCAGCAGCAGCUGGAGCAGCGGCAGCUGGAGCAGCGGCAGCUGGAGCAGCGGCAGCUGGAGCAGCGGCAGCUGGAGCAGCGGCAGCUGGAGCAGCGGCAGCUGGAGCAGCGGCAGCUGGAGCAGCGGCAGCUGCAGCAGCGGCAGCUGCAGCAGCAGGCGCAGCAGGCGCAGCAGGCGCAGCAGGCGCAGCAGGCGCAGCAGGCGCAGCAGGCGCAGCAGGCGCAGUGGCAGCAGUCGCUGUCGCUGUCGCUGCCGCUGCCGCACCAGCCGCAGCACCAGGCGCGCCCCCACGCCGGCGCCGAGGUGCCGCUGUUCGCGCAGCGCACGACGCGGCCGGCCCGCCCCGCGGCGCAGCCCACCGCCCCUGCGCCCGCGCCUGCGCCCGCGCCCGUGCCCUCCGCGGCGGCACUAUCGGUGAAUGAGAUGGAGGCGGACGUGAUAAACGUGUGGUGCAACGCGAUCACCGCCCUGCUGCCGUCCGGCGCCCCGCCGCAGCCGCAGCCGCCGCGGGCGCAGCUGCAGCUGCAGCUGCAGGACGCCCUCGCGGCCGCGGCGGCCGCGCUGCUGCCGCGCGAGCGGCCUGUGCCUGAGCCGCGCCUGCCGGCUGGUCAGCUUGGCGGGGCCGGCGCCGGGCGGCCCCACAGCUAUGAGUUGGGGCUGACCGUGCACACCGACCUCCAAGCCACCCACAACAGCGGCGCCAGCGGUGCCAGUGCGAGCGUCCCGCUGGCGCCGCACGCGGCGCCGCUGCAAGGCGCGGCGCCGCAGCUGCAACAGCCGCAGCUGCAACAGCCGCAGCUGCAACAGCCGCAGCAGCAGCGGCAGCCGGCGCCUCUCGUCCUCGACCUGCGGGGGCCCUCCCACCGCAGCAGCGCUUUCUCGCGCAACUUUCCCGCGGCCGCCACCCCCGCGGGCCCCCCGCCGGCGGCAGCGCCGGCACCGCCGCAGCCAACGCUCGCGCCCGAGGCCGCGGCGCAGAGCGGCGGCGGCGUUGCGACCCUUCUGUCGCUCCUGGCGAACAUCAUCAGCGCCGACGGCGCCGGCGCCAGCGGCGCGCCCGCCGCGGGCGAGUGA